CUGCAGUCACGCGCUCACGCGGUAUUUAAACUCCGUGUCCAGAACAAAUUUCUCUCUAAACGGGAAUGACGAGCAUAAACCAAGAUCAUUUGUAUCAUUUUGCGGUGUAAUAGGCCUGUGCCCGCGGUGUUUUGUAGCUUCUGGAGUUGAAUUUGAUUGCAUGCCUGAUAUUUUUUAAAGAUGGUUUCGGUGUUCUGUGAAGCUUUGUAGUUUUGGAGAUUUUUUUUAAAUCACUUUAUUUUUUAAUUAUUUAUAUUUUUUAUAUUCCGAGAAGAUGCGGAGAUUGUAUGCCGUUUUUCUUCUUGGUUGUGUGCUCGGACACGUGCGCGCUCAGUUCCCACGCGUGUGCGUGACUCCGGAGGGUCUCAGGAGCGCGCAGUGCUGCCCGUCACCGUCAGGUCUGGAAAAUGAUCCGUGCGGCGCGAACUCCGGGCGCGGGCAGUGCGUGGACGUGAGCGCAGACGCGCGUGCGCACGGGCCGCAGUACCCGUACGACGGACUAGACGACCGCGAGCGCUGGCCUCUGCGCUUCUUCACGCGCGCGUGUCGGUGUAACGGGAACUUCAGCGGCUUUGACUGCGGCCGCUGCAGACACGGAUUUACCGGAGACGCGUGCGAGCAGCGCGUUCCCGUGGUCAGGAGGAACGUGAUGCAGCUGAACUCAGAUGAGAAACGUGCCUUCGUGAACGCGCUGGACCAGGCCAAGCGAACUCCACACCCGGACCUGGUGAUCGCGGCGCGCCGUUACGCGGAGAUCUUCGGUCCGGACGGGAACACGGUACAGUUCGAGAACAUCAGCAUCUAUAAUCUGUUCGUGUGGACGCACUAUUACUCUGUGAGCAGGACGUUCCUCGGACCCGGACAGGACAGUUUCGGCGGGGUGGACUUAAGUCACGAGGGGCCCGGGUUCGUCACUUGGCACCGGUACCAUUUACUGCAGCUGGAGCGAGACAUGCAGGACAUGUUAGGAAACGCGCGCUUUGCUCUGCCGUACUGGAACUUUGGGAUCGGAGGCAGCGAGUGUGACAUCUGUACAGAUGAUCUGCUGGGAGCUCGCAGCUCCUUCGACAUGAACUCCAUCAGCUCCAACUCCAUCUUUUCCCAGUGGAGAGUCAUAUGUGAGAGCGUGGAGGAGUAUAACACGCUCGGAACCAUCUGCAACAGUUCGGAGAGCAGUCCCAUCAGAAGAAACCCUGCGGGUAAUGCUGCUCGUCCGACGGUGCAGCGUCUGCCGGAGCCGCAGGACGUGGCGGCGUGUUUAGAGCUCAACACGUUUGACACGCCGCCCUUCUACUCGACGUCCUCGGACAGUUUCAGAAACACCAUUGAAGGUUACAGCACCCCUCAGGGGAAUUAUGAUCCAGUGGGGCCUAGUCUACAUAACCUGGCCCACCUGUUUCUGAACGGGACGGGCGGACAGACACACCUGUCCCCCAACGACCCUAUCUUUGUCCUGCUGCACACCUUCACCGACGCCAUCUUUGAUGAAUGGCUGCGCAGACACAGUCCGGAUUCCUCCGUCUAACCUCUGGAAAAUGCCCCCAUCGGUCAUAACAGAGAGUUCAAUAUGGUUGCCUUCUGGCCACCAGUAACAAACGCAGAGAUGUUUGCCACCGCGUCUGAAAACCUCGGCUACUCCUACGAGGUGGAGUGGCCAGCUCGUCCUCUCACUCUGACUGAGAUCAUCACCGUCGGUGUGGUCGUCGCUCUCGUCGCCGUUGCGGUUAUCUUCGCCGCCGCCACGUGUGCGGUCCGCUCGCGCUCGUACAGGAUGGAGGGUCGACAGCCGUUGCUGGGAGAGCAUUACCAACGCUACGAUGAUAAAACACAGUCUGUAGUGUAAACGUGUCCUGUUAAAUGUCUUGUGAAGGGACAGGUGGAAUUAUUUACUGUGACAACCCUGAUUAUGUUAUAGGCUACUAAUAUAGGAAGAAUAGAAUGCAUAUUUUAUCAGACCUGUCUCUGUGAAAGUUGUCUGUCUGUCAUUUCGUUUGAGUUUGUCUACCUUGGGUUAAUUCAUAUGUUUUAUUUGGUGGUGUUUAAGACAGAGAUACGCUUAAGGCAAGGUGAAAAACACUUCAGCACCGUUAUUUUACAUCAAAAUGAUUAGCGACGCAUGACUGGAUUUUACCGUUUACAUUGCAAAUUUGUCAAUAUUUAAGUAUAAAAAGAUGGAAAACAACUCAUAAAAAGUGUGCAAAUUGGUUUCAUUGGCUGCUACAGAGCACAUAUGUCUUGUUUUAAAUUGUAUGUGUAAUCCGGGUUUAUAAUAUGAAUAUAGCAACAGCGUGCACCAAAACAUUGACACAAUUCAUGUUCAGAAAAUACAAGCAUUUUACACUUUAACACUCGCUUUAGCACGAAUUAGCCACUUUUAUGACAUCAUCCUGCGCUUCAGCAUCUCAUAAAAUUCCAGUCUUUGGAGUAAACUAAUGAAAUGAUUUAGUAUUGCCUAUUUUUUAAAGGGAGAUAAGUCACGCGAUAUGCCCCACCCCAACUUUAUGUUUUAGUGGAAAAUCCAUUUCAGUGCUCUUCACUGGAUCAGAUGUUAAAAAACGAAGCACAAAUCAAGUGUAAUGUGUGUUAUGUACCGGCAGAGGGCGGUACUUCACAGCUCGUCACAGGUGAGCGUGUUUUACCACAGUAACGUAAUCCUGUGGAAACAGUGAGACAGAACUCACAGCACAGCACAGAGAGACGGAAUCGAGUCGUGAACACGCUGUUUUCAUCACCACUCUGUGUGUAUGUGUGUGUUUUUAUUUCUUAUGUUGAGGAAAGAGACUCAAAGCGAGACACGAGGUGAAAGAAGAGCGUGUGCGCAUGCGCGAGAGUGAGGGCGGGAGUCACCUGUAUGUGCGCGCGCACCGUCAGUCAGUCGGAGAGCCGCUAGAGAACAGUCUAGAUCGGACCGAACGGGAAUCUUUUUGUGAUUUAACACUUAACAGCUCCGUAGGAGGAAGGUGUCAUCCACGGACUGAUGUUUCUCGCGUCUGUGAGAUCUGCUCGAGUGUUUUAACGCUGUGAUCACCUGUGGAUCUGCAGUUAU